AUGGCGGCGUCUGCAGAGAUUAGCGACGGAGAUCACGAUGCGGUGGAGCUGAUCGUGUGUCUGUGUUACGCUUCAGCAUCAGCAACGGCACCUGAUGAAAUCAGUGGCGACGGUGCCGUUUCAGACUCAGAGGAGAUAACUCCUCUGUUGAAGCCUAAGAUCAAUAUCUUCUCCUUGUCUCACUCCCGCAGAAAGCCUAGACUGAAGAAGAAGGCAGAAGAAGCUUGUAAAGAUCGCCUCAGACCUUGUGAUGUUGAUGAAAAGCAGAUAGGCAAGUUGGUGGAAAUGGAUAGAUGGAUGGAAAUGAGUAUGAAAGAGAUGAAGAUUGAUUAA